AUGUCUGCCACCACCCAUGCAUGCGGCGCAGCAUCAUCACCGGGAAUAGACGAUACCGACGACAGCGAUGAAAACAUCGAUAGCAUUGAGGGCAAGAUGGGUUAUGCAGACUACAAUAACAUUGAGGAUUUGGUCUUACCAACCGAUGAACGCACGAGGGCCGCUGGAUCAGCGGGGGAGGACGACGCCAGAGAGGAAGCUGACGUGGCAGAAGCGAUGGAAGUGGUGAGCGAGGGCGAGGUGCCGGGGCCAGCGACAGCUCCGGAACAUAAUGUGAUAGAGUUGUCGAGUGACGACGAGGGCACAAGCGCCAUAUGGGGCGUCCGCGAUGCUUCGGCUAUCGAAUACGAUACACCAUGGGUUCAGUUACUUGCAAAAUCGAGACUAUCCCCUGGGCGCGCCAGCAAGGAAGAGCGCGAGAGACGAACAUCGAUGAACGCUGAGCGCUGA